UUCAGUCGGGUAGGCGCACGCGGCGCGUUUGCCGUUAUCAUUAUAUUAAUAAACAAGUAUUUUAAUUCAUUUAUAGUACUUGUGUGCUGAUUCGAUUUUUUUAAAUCUAAAUAGCGAAUCAAAUGUGAAUUAGUGACAGCUUCAGUUUUCGUAAUUUUAAUUCGACGAAAAGGAAAUUGCAAUAAAUUUAUCAUUCGAAAAGAUUAUGCACAGAUUUUUUUAGAAAUGGCACCCCAAGAACGUACCCCUUAUGUGGCCGAAGAAGAGAGCCAUCCGGACUCGUCGAAGGACUUGCAAAACGUAAAUUUGGGCGGGAGUUACGUUAACAGCGCCUAUCAAAAUGACAGUUCCGAUAAUGUUGCCAUACCGAAAAACGCAGAGAACGUUGCCAACAAUAACAACAACGAAAAACCGAAGAAGGAAACGGAUUUCGACGAUCUAUUGCCGCACGUCGGAGAAUUUGGACUGUACCAGAAGAUUCUGUUCCUGCUCAUGAUCCCUUUUGCGUUUUUCGUUGCCUUCGUUUAUUUCUCGCAAAUAUUCAUGACCCUAACGCCGGAGCAACACUGGUGCUGGGUACCUGAGCUGGCAAACCUAACAGCGGAAGAACGGCGAGCGUUGGCGAUACCGCCCAAAACGGACGGCCCGUUCGCCCAUGACAGGUGCCAUAUGUUCUCAACCGACUGGGCUAAAGCGUUGGCUGAAGGCAGAACGACACCAGAUGAUGAAUGGCAAAUAGUUCCAUGCGAUAAAGGCUGGGAGUACAACAAGAGCGAUGUUCCUUACGACACAAUCGCUUCACAGCUAGACUGGGUGUGCGAGAAAGACAAUCUGGCGGCCACUGCCCAGGCUAUCUUCUUCUGCGGCGCCAUCGUGGGCGGACUUGUGUUCGGCUGGAUCGCGGAUAAAUAUGGAAGAAUACCAGCUUUAGUUGGCACGAAUUUGAUUGGGUUCGUCGCCGGCGUUGCGACUGCCUUCUGCAACAGUUUCUGGUCGUUCGCGCUUUGCCGUUUCCUGGUGGGGCUGGCCUUCGACAACUGCUUCACCAUGAUGUACAUCUUAGUUCUAGAGUACGUCGGCCCGAAAUGGAGGACGUUCGUGGCUAACAUGUCCAUAGCGUUGUUCUUCACGUUGGCUGCUUCUCUGCUACCCUGGAUCGCGCUGUGGGCAGACGACUGGCGGACAUUCGCACUGGUGACAUCUGCACCUUUCAUCAUUGCUAUUGCAACACCCUGGCUCGUCCCGGAAAGCGCAAGAUGGCUGGUCUCACAAGGAAAAAUAAACAAAGCCUUGUUUAUAAUGAAGAAAUUCGAAAGGAUCAACAAGACUAAAAUACCUGAGAAGGUCCUAAGUGAAUUCACGGAAUCAUCAAUAAAAGCCAUCAAGGAAUCAGAAUCUCAGUCAAAGACCUAUUCCGUCUUGGACCUGUUCAGGACGCCGCGAUUGCGAAGGAACUCGAUCUUGCUCAUCGUUAUAUGGAUGGCCAUUUCCUUGGUCUUCGACGGUCACGUGAGGAAUGUAGGUUCUCUGGGCUUGGACAUAUUUCUGACGUUCACAAUAGCUUCGGCCACCGAGCUACCGGCUGAUACGUUUUUGACGGCGGUGCUUGACAGAUGGGGCAGGAGAUGGUUGGCAUGUGGUUCUAUGGUGGUCAGCGGAGUUUUCAGUCUCCUCGCCACAGCAGUUCCCGUUGGAGGUCCAUCGGCAUCUCUGGCCAUCUUGGGCCGAUUCGCCGUGAACAUCUCAUACAACAUUGGCCUUCAGUACGCGGCUGAGCUGCUGCCCACGGUCGUUAGAGCCCAGGGCGUCGCUCUCAUCCACAUCAUGGGCUACGUUGCGUCAAUUCUGGCCCCGUUUGUGGUGUAUCUGGCUAACAUCUCACCGGAUUUACCGCUGUUGAUCUUGGGUGCCCUCGGCGUGGUGGGCGGCAUGCUGUGCCUUUUCCUACCGGAGACUAUGGACACGGAGAUGCCCCAGACCCUGCAAGAUGGAGAGGACUUCGGCAAGGACCAGCAGUUCUGGGACAAUCCUUGCUUCCCUAGAAAAUCAAAAUCGGACGACCUGCAAGAGCAAUAUCGGAAGAGACCCUCAGUUUCUCCCAUUCGAGAGGAAACAAAGGACUUCAUCAGGGCGAUGCCGAGUGCUAUAAGCUCUAGAGCUUCAAUACGAGCUUCCGUCAGAGCUUCGACCAGAGGAUCGACGAGAAGACGUAACGAAAGUCAAAACAUAGUCUGAUGCAUUUGUCAAAUAGCAGCGUGGAUAAAUAUUCUCAAUUCGUAACUGAAUAUUAAAAAAAGUUCUUCAGUUCAGUAGCGUCUCCGAAGAAAAGCCAUUAAGCAAUGCACGGUCAUGUUCCAAGUCCAAGAUGUCACGGGUAGACUGAACCAGAGACCCGUAUAUAUCUCAAGAUCUAUGGCUUGCAAGCUUGCGAGACUCUUAAGAUACUAACGUUCGUUUGAAUAAUAUUAAGUUCACCGCAAAUCGAAAAAAGGGAAACGCUAAUGGCUAAAACUGAAUUCGGUUGUAAACAGUAAAAUUCCAUGUGAUACUUUAUACGCAACAUUUUUGGCUUAUCAUAAAUAUUGGCGUAAUAAUGAACUCCAGUUACAGAUUGGGAUAAAUGCUCUAAAGCGUGCGUUAUCUGUGAUUUUAAAGUUACCAUUGUGGAUGUGAAGCUGGCUUUAUCUGAGGAAUUCUUGUAGGAUUUGUAGAAUAUCGAGACAUUUAUAGAAUUAACCAUUUUGCUUAAACGUUUGUGCAUCACUGUGUAGCUAGAAUGUUACGGAAUGAUGCUGUAUAAAUCCAAUUGUAAACUCUUCAAGUUUAAGGGCGCUUUUAUCUCCAAAUUCAGUAUAACACGUUUGUGCAUCACUGCGUAGCUAGAAUGUCGCGAAAUGCUGCAUAGACGCAACUGCAAACUCUUGAAGUUUGAGCUCACUUUAACUUCAAAUUGAAAAUGUAAUUGGAUUUCUUCAAUUCAUAGCAUCAGGUGUAUUUCAGAAACAUCCUGACCAGAGCCAAACAUCGAUCCGGUCUUAAUUAACUAAAAUCAAAACUGUAUAUAGUCGGUGUAGCUCUGUAGUAAUGAUAGAACACAAAUUGAACAAAGGAAUAUAUAAGGCAUAUGAAUGUAUUCCCGCUUUGACUUUCUAAAUAGUUUGACACAAUUUUUAAAUAACUCUCAUUCUGUAUAUCAAUUUCUCUUUCUGUCCUAAAUUCCAUAGCAUUAGAACUCGUGUUUGAAAUAUCCCGACUCAGCGCGCCAAGAGUGCUUCUAGAAGGUUCGCUUGUUCGAAGCUUUAAGCAACUUAACAAGCUGCCCGUUUGCCUGAAGCUAAACAACGCGAUUCACUAUUUAUUUCUUCGUUAACUUCUUUGUCUUCUUCAUUUACAUCUUCCGUCUUUGUUAUAAGGUUUAAAUUUAUUUCAAUAUUGCUACUUAAAGUCUCGCGUGUUACCUACUUCGCUUUUCGUGGGUCAUCUGCCCAUUUAACCCUUUGACUGCCAUAUAGGUAUAUGUCAUAUAGGAUCAGAGCCCUACGCGGUGCCCUGAAGAGUUUAUUUUAAUUUCUGCGUAAUAUCUAUUAGAUUCUGGGAAAGAUGAUUCCGAAGGUACUGAGAAUCAAUCUAUUUAUAGAUCUAAAACAUACAUUAACAAACAAAAGAAGGUAAAAUUAGGCAAUCCAGGAGCAUAGGAACAGAUAUCGUGUAGUCGCUUCAGUGCGCCGCGUGGGGCAUCGGUGACCUAAAUGGCAGUUGAUGUGUUAAAACUUCUCUUAUAGAUUAUUCUAGAUUAUCAUGACACCUUAGUCGUCCGUGGCGAAAAAAUGUGUUUAUAACAUCUGGAAUAUUAACUUAAAUUUACUAAAGGCUAGAUUAAGUCGUAAAAAUAAUAUUUACGUCUUCAACUCGCUGAGAACGAACUAAAUACUAUCGAGGAGUGAAAGGAUAUUUGAUUUGAGCGACAUUUUUGAAACUUUACAGAAGAGCUAUUUAGACUUUCAAAUUUGGAAAAAAUAUCAUAACAAAAACAAACUACUUCAGCCAUUAGAAUGGGGUAAACUUAAUCAAAUUCAAUUAAAAACAUCGAAUCGUUGAUGCUGAUACCAUACCCAUAGGCACAACCCACUGAAUUCCUCGCCGGAUCUUCUCAGUGGGUCGCUUUUCCGAUCCGGUGAUAGAUUCUGGAAAGCACUGCUCUUGCUAGGGCCAGUGUAAGCAACACUCCGGUUUGAGCCCCGUGAGCUCACAUACACGUUAGCGUGAAGCUGAAAUUGCCUUUCAGGGCCAUCAGCAUAGCUAGGAAAAAAAAGCGAUACCAAAUAAAACGCAACUUUAAUUACAAAGAAACAUUUCGCGUAUUAAGCGAAAUGUCGCUUAAUCCAAAUGUCUUUUCACUCUUUGAUUAUAAUUCUCGUAUUAUAGUAAGAUUGUAUUAUUUCGGAUGUUACGAUGUCCUGGUGAGUGUGGCACGCUUAAUGCUUCAUUCGUAUUCAUCUAUCUCCCAUCUGUGAUUCGUUUAUUUCUUCUCCCUAUUAGGGUAAUAUGUAGUUCAUAAUUUUUCUCCCUAUUAGGGUAAUAUGUAGUUCAUAAUUUUUGUUUGUUUUUUUCGUGAUUUAUUAACAGUAUUUUGUUUUUUGUUUUGUGUUUUUUUUUGUAAAUGAUUGUGUUGCCAUUUUGAUUUUAACGUGCAAAUGUUUUGAAUGUUGUCCCCUGAAGAGAAAAAGUUCUGUGAUAUAUUAUUUAAUUAUGAAAUAAAUGUGAUUAUUUAAUUGUA